AUGACUAGCCGUCAAAAUGAGUACUUCAUUCCCGGAGAUGGAAUUAGCCGAGAGGUAAUCCAGGCCGAUAUCUGCCGUUACCUUGGAAAUGAUGCACUAGUAAGACCUGGAAACCACAAUGGUCGCGGAGGAUUUUUCAUUCGGGCUUACCGAAACCUCACAUCAGAAAUGAUUGCUGAUCUCAAAGCCGAUUCGGCUCGAUGGGAGGCAGAUGUGAGAAGUCGGGCUGACCAAGGCUACCCUCGAGGUAGUUACAUCCAGGACUACAGCUACCCCCAAACCAGCCGGGCCACUCCAAAUUAUCCAACUCCUAUGGGGACUAUGCACUCUGAAAUGCCUCAGGGUCAGCGUCCUUCUCCUCCCACAACCUACGCUGCGGCCCCGCAGCAGUACGCUGAGCAAUAUCACCAGGGUGGCUACCCUUCAACUUCAAGUCCGCCAUACUCAAAUGCUCCCUCAUAUCCUUCAAACCAUUCAGGCUUUGCGGCCGGCCAGCCGUACCCUCCCCAACAUAUCCCCUACAGUACUCCAAGCCAACCGCCAGUGACUUCUGAACUCCACCCUUCUUAUACUUACGCCAGCUCUGGUUAUGGCUUCGAGAACGGGAGAAACAAUGCCCCAAGAUACCCUGGCCCUGGAUAUGAUACCGAAUCUGAUUAUUCUCCCGUUACUACCGGAAUGGCAUAUCCUGCUAAUACUGCCCCUGACCCACGGAUAGGAAUGGAACCAAGAUACACUCCGGACUCUGGAUACCCUGACCGAAGUAGGCCGCAGCCAGCAAGAGAAAGAGAGGCUCCCCGCCGGACACGGUGA